CCGUUUAAACUCCUUCCGCAGUCGUGGCUUCUCUAGGACGCGCCCGUCGCCGCUCUACCAUCGGUAGCAACUCGGGACCCCCUGACCUCAACUUCCACCCGCCAUCGUCGUCGUCCAUCUCGAGUGGCACAUCGCAGUUGCAGCACACGCUUCCACCGAUUCCACAUACGCCCAUGGGGAACGGGUCAACGUUCUGGGGUACGGACGGCGCCGAGGGCUCCCGAUCGGCCUCUCCCGCGCCGGUGCUCCCCAUCUCUCGCUCUCAUUCCCCGGCCAACAGGGCCGCGACGGGCGAUGGUUGGUCAGCAAAGUACGGCGGGGGCGGGAACGGCUACGCUCCCGGCGCACGUAAAUUCCUGGGGAAGCAUCUGCGGAAGCUGUCCACCUCGUUACCGAAAUACAAUCGCAAUCCCAUGUCACCACCGGUGGGCUUCACGCCGACGACCCCCUACGGUCGAGGUGGGGGUGGAUUCUUCUACCGGGCGAGGGCUACUGUGUCCCGGAGACCCCGGCUAACGUCGUUCUUUCUGCUGCUCGUCGGAUUGCUACUGUGGACGUUUUUGCGCCUGCAUCACAAUCCCUUAUCGAAUCGACUGCGAGCGGCGAGCGGUGGCUCCAAGUUCGUUAUCAUCUUGGCCGCGAAUCAGGGAGGUGGUGUCAUGACGUGGAAGGGUGCCAAGGAGUGGGCUGUGGAGAGGGAUUCCAUCGCGAACAAGAAGGCCUAUGCCGAGAGAUGGGGAUAUCACCUCGAGAUCAAGGACAUGAGCACCAAGAAGCGUUAUGCUCACGAGUGGCGAGAGAGUUGGGAGAAGGUCGAUGUCAUCAAGCAGACCAUGCGACAGUACCCCAAGGCUGAAUGGUUCUGGUGGAUGGAUCUGCACACGUUCAUCAUGGAGCCCUCGAUCUCGCUCCAAUCCCACAUCUUCAGCAACCUCCAGAACGUCACCUACCGCGACAUCAACGUUUACAAUCCGUUGAACAUCACUCACCCCCUGCCAAAAGACGAAUUCUUCUACGUCGACGAUGUUUCGAGGUCGCCGGUCGGAGAUGACAAGGCGGAGAGCAUCAAUAUCAUUGUUCCCCAGGACUGUGGUGGUUUCAACCUCGGCAGCUUCUUCAUCAAACGAUCCGAGUUCAGCGAGCGACUGCUCGAUAUCUGGUGGGAUCCUGUUGGAUACGAGCAGAAGCACAUGGAGUGGGAACACAAGGAACAGGACACUCUGGAAUACCUCUACGCCCACCAGCCCUGGAUCCGAACCGGCACCGCUUUCAUCCCCCAGCGAAUGAUCAACUCGUUCCCUCCCGGCGCGUGUUCCGACACUCCCAACGACCCGCGGAUCUUCUACAACGAGAAGGAUCGAGACUUUGUCGUCAACAUGGCCGGCUGCGAGUGGGGUCGCGACUGUUGGGGAGAAAUGGCUAGCUAUCGCAAAGUGAGCGAGAAGCUGAAUCGAGGGUGGUGGAGCCGGCACUUCUGAUUUGAAGUGGUGGUUUUUGAAGUUUUUUUUCUUUUUCUUUUCUUUUCUUUCUUCAUUUCUUUUGUGACUUUUUUUUUCUUUUUCUUUAUUUGUGUUUUAAAACUUUUUUUCUUCUGGUUUAGGAUGAUGCUUUAGAAAAGCCGA